AAUCGGGCAUUGUGACAGUGUAUAGGAUGUUGGCUUGUGACCACUCCGAGAUGGGGAGCCAAGAGUUCCACAUUUUAUAAUCACUAGUGGACAAGUGUUGUUGUUGCCCCAACCAAUGUUGCUGCCGUUGGUGUGCCUUGGUGCGAGAGUUGCCUACAAGUCCAAUAUUAAUGUUGAGUAUAUUGGACGGUGUUGGCUGGUGCGUAGCUGGACCCCAACUUUAAACCGUUCACGAGAUAGACUUAGCCAGUAGAGAGCUGAUCGCAGACUUAACAGCAUCAAUUUCUGUGGCGGUUUCAUUAAUUAAUUGAUUAAUUAUUUAAUUAAGUAAUUAAUGCUAUUACCAUAAAUCUCCGUCUCCUCAAUCACUAAGGUUGGGAUUGAACGAAUUAAAAAAAAAGAGAAAAAAGAAAAAAAAUAUAUUGUGCUAUAGACUUUCUUGCUACAGUAUCGCACUUGUAUUUGCCAUGCCUAAUGGUUGAUGUAUGCGUGUUGGUGCGUUGUUGGUGAAAAGUGAUUGAAAAGUGCUUCUUUCUUCUCCAUUUCUUCUUUUUUUUCCAAACCGUCGAUUUGUUAUACGUCCAAGAAGGUGAUAUUGCAGUGAAUUUUACCAUCAACUUGAUGAGCUUUUACGACACGAAUACAGUGGCUGACACUGAAUGGACUUAGUGAUGGAAUUCCAUCUCUUUUGCACCACAUUCGGUGGUAUUCUGUGAAAACUAUAUUUUAGUUAAUAAAAAAGGCAAAAUCGACAAUUUUCGAAUGGGACUCUGCAAAAUCGCAAUUAUUCACAUAUGACUUUUAGGAGUAAAAAAAAAAUUGGACAAAAAUGUGAUAUGACCAAUUAAGCAAAGAAGUUCAGUUGAAGCUGACCAUCUCUCUUGGGACAAAAUCGUGCAGAGUGUUAAGUUUCAACACUAUCCGGAGUCUUUUUUGUUGUUGUAAAUUUUGUUUUUGACCCAAACCACUCACUCUCCUUCAUUUUGUACAUACCAAUAAAACUUUCCUUCACAUUUCAUUGCAAAGCCUGAAAUUGUGUGGCUUAUUAACAAUAAUAUCGAUGAAAAGUGGUCGUUUUCUUUAUGUGUCCCAUGGUGAUUUUUUUCUCUCAGUGCAAAAGAGAGAUCCAAGACCGAAAAAGCGUACUCUUCAAAUUAGGAGUGACCUCUAACAUUUUUAUAUAAAAAAGAACCGUAUAGCUUGCGGGGAGAAAAAAAUAUAUAUAUACCGAAGCACACAGCCAAAGUGAUAUUUGGAAGAACUUGAACGUUUGUGGUGUAUUUUACUAAUUAGUAAAAUAAAAACUUGUGACUUAGCAUAUGAUCAUUUACAGAGCGCAUGCUGGUGUACUUCGUGACAGAGUCAAUUACAAAAUAUUCGAUAAACAACUCAUUUUUUUUAAACUUUUUAAAAUCUUUUCCUUGUGCCUCUCUUGGUGGAGUGUAAGAGUGCUCUCCGUGUAAAAUAUCCAACAUUCGAAGUUGUAAACGAAUUUUUAUCAAUUUUUUUUUAUUUUGCUUUCUGUAAUCGCCAUCUGCAGAGAAAUCCAGUCAAAUUGCAAGAGAAGGAAACACUAUGGACGGGUUUUUGCUGUGUUGCGAUGUGAAAAACUAUGUGAAACACUGAGAGAAAAAGUGCUUAUUUGCGCAUUAAAAUCUGCUUUGUUCUUGUGCUGAAACGACAGAGAAAAAAAAAGAGGAGAAACAGUGUCCCGCAAAAUUGAAAAAUAAUCAAAAGGCCUGAUAGUGAAACAAUCACAAUCCAAUGACUGGGUACGAUAAGAUGAAAAUCCGCCUCUAAAGUGCCUCCCUAAAACUUGUGUACAUUGGUGUAAUGACUAGGUGUAGGCUCCUCAAGCUAAGGAUAUACCUACAACCAUCCAUACUCAUCUCCUGUCCAACAGCCAUCACCGCAUCCCAGAUAAAUUAUUCUGAUAUUUGGGAAUAGAUUCCCAAAUAAAAAGGGGUGCUUACCCCACCCUCAUCUGCUGCCAUCGCGCCAAAUAGAGUUGCGAGCGACCAUGCGCGCGUGGCUUCUCGUCAUCGCAGUGCUGGCGACUUCUCAACCAUUUGCCCAAGUUGCUAGCACAGAGCCACAGAGUCAACCUCAAGUAUCGCUACUAUCAUCAAUAACUACCUCCACAGAAAAAGUGUUAUCACACAGACAUAGUGAUAGGAAGAGUCACAGUCAGGACACCCGGGAGGAGUCCAGCAAAGAGCAGAAGGAGAAGCCAGAGAAGCCCGAUCCGGCCAUAUUGGCGGGACUUGAGGGUAACUUCCUGUCACUGUUUGGCCUGAAGAAGAGGCCAACGGUAGAUAGAUCAAAGAUAGUCAUUCCAGAAGCUAUGAAGCAACUGUAUGCCGAAAUCACUGGUCAUGAUGUGGACUCUGUGAAUAUACCAAAGCCUGGAUUGCACUCCAAAUCAGCGAACACAGUUCGAAGUUUUACACAUGAAGAUAGUAAAAUUGAUAAUAGAUUCCUGCAUCAUCACCGAUUUCGGCUCUUCUUCAAUGUGUCUACAAUACCACAGCGUGAGGAAUUGAAAGCCGCAGAACUGACACUAAGUCGAAAUACAGUCAUUGAGGGGGAGACCAAUGUGAGGCAUCAGGUGCUGGUGUAUGAUAUCCUGAGGCCUGGUAUCAAGGGCAAGAGGGAUCCUAUCUUUCUCCUAAUAGACUCCAAGACAGUGCUGAUAAAUGGCACUGGCACCGUCAGCUUGGACGUCCUGCCAGCCGUUCAGCGGUGGUUGCGUCAACCAAAGCAAAAUUAUGGACUACUCGUCCAUGUGGACUCAGCCGGUCGGAGUCAGGCCGAGGGUCCAGUUCACCGGCAUAUUCGGCUGAAGCGAAGUGUCAGUGAAUCACUGGAGGACUGGCAACAGCAGCAACCCUUGCUGUUUGCGUACACAGAUGAUGGGCGCAACAAGCCCCGAUCGAUUCGGGAUGUCAACCGAUCGCGUCGGGCGAGUCAACGGAGAGGUCAUCGGAGGAAAAACGUACAUGAGAUUUGCCAACGGAGAGCUCUGUACGUUGAUUUUGGCGAUGUGGGAUGGAAUGACUGGAUUGUGGCACCGCCAGGCUAUGAUGCAUACUAUUGCCAUGGUGAGUGUACCUUUCCCAUUCCUGAUCAUCUCAACUCCACAAAUCACGCUGUGGUACAGACGUUAGUCAACUCCCUGAACCCCAGCCUAGCACCCAAAGCAUGCUGUAUCCCCACACAGCUCGCCUCCAUCUCUAUGCUCUACCUGGAUGAGCACAACAAGGUGGUACUGAAGAACUACCAGGACAUGACCGUCGUGGGCUGUGGGUGCCGAUGAAUUUGUGUGAAUAGCUGUUCUAGUACAUGUUUUAUUUUUAAGCGAAGCUGUUUUGCUUGACUGACGCAUACCCAGAUAGACGUUCCUCACAUUUUUUUCUUUUACAAAGAACAUUAUGAACUCUUGCAAACUGUGAAAAUUUCGCAGCAUUUCUUACGAUUUUUUUUUUUUAUUUUACAAAAUAACUGAUAGUGGAGUAGGAGUGUCAAUGGAGUCAAUACACAAUAUAAAGUGUGUAUACCUUACUACUCAUUCUGUGUAACAAAACAAAAUGCUAUUUAAUCCUCUAAUAAAACAAACAUUAAGUGUCAUAGUCAAUAGAUGUGUGAGUAUUCCCUCAAAGGAUCACCGCUAUCAAAUCCGGUGGUCGUGCAUGCGAUCUUCAACAUGAAAAAGUCUACAAUGCAAAAGGUAGUUUGGAGAUGUCAAACACAAACGAUGUAUAAUUGUGUAAUAUAUUUGUUAUACUAUUGUGUAGUACCUGGAUAAGGAUUUCUCAAAAACAUUUGAAAAAAAAAACGAUGAAGAAACAAUAUUUAUUUCAGCAAAUUAAUGAUAUGAAAUAGUUGAAUUAAAUAUGCCAUAGGUGUUUAAAUUUCAGAGAAAUUUUAGUUUAAAAAAAAUGGAUAACGCGUAAAAUCUAACAAGUAUUUCUAGAGUGAAUACAGUAAAUACUUUGCAAAUACUAUCUUGCAAAGAUUAGAAUUAAACAAAACAAGAAGAAAAA